AUGGAGGGAUCAACGGCCGGUGACCGCAAGCGGCGCCGCGAGGAUUUCGAGGAGGCUGGGUCGCCGGAAAUUUCGUCUCCAGAAGCUAAGCGCCUUCUGGUCGACAUACUCGAUGAUGACGCCGAGGCGGGAGAGCGGGAUCUCGCCUCCAUAAUGAAGACCCUCGAGGAGGAGAUCGCCCUCCCCUGUUCGCCGCUGCCGCUGGCUUCUGCGGAUCGCGCAGAGCUGGAGUUCCUGUUCGAGGCUUCCGACGACGAGCUAGGCCUGCCGCCGCCAUCGGAGGUGCUGGGUGAGGCGGAGGUCGCCGGAGAUGGAAGGUUUCAGGGGUCAGAGUUGCUGCAUAUUUGGGGGAUCGACGACGACGGACUUGGAGGGUACGAGGGUUUCGAGUGCGCGGUGCCGCCUGAGGAGAAGGCGGUGGAAGGGGCUGUAUUCGACGAGGGACUCUUUGAGUAUUUUGACGUAGCUUUUUGCGGGUCUUCUGAUUUAACGGAUCUCUCGUGGAGAUCUGAGACGUUGCCUGCCGUCUGA